AUGAAGAAAAGAAUGAUGAUGAUGAUCUAUAUGAUAUUAACCAAAGUUUAUCAAAUCAGACCAAAUUAAUCUUGAAAGAUAUUGUAAAUUUGAGUAAUCUAAUAUUUCAAGAAAGAGAUACUGUACUGCAUGAAACCUCAAUUUCUUCAAAUAAUAAUGAAGAAAUUAAUAUGGACUUUGAUCAGAACAUCUU